AUGAUAGCUCACUCAAAGCUAAUGAGUGUACUCACUUGUAAAGUGUGUGAUGAGAUUUGUUGUCCGCCAUUAUACCAGUGUCGAAAUGGACAUAUUACUUGCAAUAACUGUUUACCUAAAAUACAUAACAACAACUGUCCAGUUUGCCGAGAAAGUUUGGUAACAAAAUCUCGAAAUUUAGCUUUAGAAAAUGUUAUUGAAGAUCACCAGUUUCCAUGUGAGAAUGUUAGUAAAGGAUGCCCUGGCCAACUUUUGAUUUCACGGAAAAAACUACAUGAAGACAAAUGUACUUACAAAACUGUAUAUUGCCCGUUAAUCCCCGAUAUCUGCAAUUUUAAUGGUGACAUAACGUCCGCUAUAGUUCAUACAGAGACUGUCCAUGGUAAUCUGUUGAAUCAUGAUGACUGUUAUUUACGAUAUGAAAUUGUUGAUUUAUUCUGUGACGAUAAGAACAAAAAUCAAAACUUAAUGACCAAACCAGCGCUAAACAACGGUUUUUUAGACGGCUUGAAAAAUACUAUUUUUAUUUAUACGGCACUUACAUUGAUGGCCGCACAUAUGGCUUUCAUUAGUCCUACAGUUGGCGGAAGUUUUACGAAACUCGAAAAAUCUGAUUCGUCUUUUGAUUUGUCGGAACAGGUGUUCAAUGAGAUGGGCAUACCUGUGCUACAGAGCUCGUUUGAAAGCUAUUGCGCCUGUAACUAUGACCAGACCGGUAGCGGGAAAUCAUACACAAUGAUGGGUACCGAUAAGGGACUCAUACCCAGACUGUGUGACGCUAUAUUUGAGAGGAUAGCCAACAAUGGUGAUCCCAAUACUAAUUUCAAGAUCAAUGUGUCGUAUAUGGAGAUAUACAAUGAAAAAGUUCCCGAUCUUCUCAAUUCCAAAGGCACCAAACAAAACCUAAAAGUAAGCGAACAUAACCUAUUGGGUCCGUAUGUGGACGGACUGUCCACAUUGGCUGUCAGUUCAUUCAAAGAAAUUGAUAACUUGAUGACUGAGGGCAACAAGUCCCGAACAGUGGCCGCCACUAACAUGAACUCGGAGUCCAGUAAAUCCCAUGUCGUGUUUAUCAUAACAUUGACCUGUUCUGUGUUUGACAAUACCGUCAGCGUGACGGGAGAAAAGGUAUCCAAAAUGAGUUUAGUUGAUUUGGCCGGCAGUGAGCGAGCGGUCAAAACGGGUGCUGUCGGCGAUAGACUCAAAGAGGGUUCAAAUAUCAACAAAUCGUUGACCGCAUUAGGCUUAGUGAUCUCCAAAUUGGCCGACCAGUCGUCCGGCAAAAGUCGAGAAGAAUUUGUUCCAUAUCGGGAUUCAGUGCUCACAUGGCUUCUCAAAGACAAUUUGGGCGACAACUCAAAGACUGUGAUGGUGGCCACCAUUAGCCCGGCGGCCGAUAACUUUGAGGAGACACUGUCGACACUGCGAUACGCUGAUCGGGCCAAACGUAUUGUAAAUCACGCGGUGGUCAAUGAAGAUACUAACAAUAGGAUCAUUCGUGAGCUGCGCGAAGAAGUAGAUCAGCUAAGGGCUCAGCUCAUGAACGCUACACAACAGUCCGAUCUCUACGAACGGCUCGUCGAAUCGGAAAAUUUGAUCCAAACAAUGGAACAGACGUGGGAGGAGAAGCUCCGUAAGACAGAGAUCAUUCAUCAGGAGAGACAACAAGCACUGGAAAAGAUGGGUAUAUCUGUUCAAAGCUCCGGUAUUCGAGUGGAAAACAGUAAAUACUAUUUGGUUAACUUAAACGCCGAUCCAUCGCUAAAUGAACUGUUAGUAUAUUAUCUUAAAGACAAAACGCUUAUCGGACGGAGCGAUGCCAAUGAACAGGAUAUUCAACUAUCGGGUAUCGGUAUUAUGCCCGAGCAUUGUAUUAUCGAAGUGAAUACCGUUACAAACGAAUUAGUUAUUGAACCACUAGACGGGGCCCGAACUUGUGUUAACGGAUCGGUUAUCAAAGAGAGGACUGGCCUGAAAAACGGCGCACGUAUUCUCUGGGGUAACAAUCACUUCUUCAGACUUAACUGUCCCAAACAUUCUGACCAUAAACAGUCCGAUCGGCCCAUGGAUUACGAGUUUGCCAGAGAAGAGUUGAUGAUGAAUGAGAUGGUCAACGAUCCCAUUCAGGGAGCGAUGAAAGCCAUGGAACAACAGUACGAAAAAGAUAAAAACAAAUCCCUUGAAGAUCAGCGACAAAUGUAUGAAAAACAGUUGAAAAAGUUGGCCAGUUAUCUGUCGCCCGGCACACCAUAUGCACCGUACAGUUAUAAUAAUGUGUUCGAUCCGUAUCCAAGCGCUGGUCAAAUGGGUGUCCGCGGGUUUUCCGGCUCAACAAUUAAUCUAAUGAGUCCGGGAAGUGUUCAGUCAAAGAUGGAUAAGUGGGCUCAAGAACGGUACGAUCUGUUCAAGAAAAGUCUAAACCAUUUACGCCAAGAUAUAGUACGAGCCAAUACAUUGGCCUACGAGGCCAACCUUAUUGCCGACAAAAUGCAAAAAUGUACCGAAUAUAAGGUGACACUUCAGAUACCGGCCACUAAUCUGAGUCCAAAUGGUAAAAAGGUUUCGUUUGUAUCGGAACCGGCAUUUUUGGUUCGACGCAAAAACCGGACGAUACAGAUCUGGUUGAUGGAAAAGUUUGAAAACAAUUUGAUUGAAAUGCGAGAACUGUAUGAGGAAUGGAAAGAUCGACAAUCAAAACGCGAUACGAUGGACGACAACAUAAACACAGACACCAAUAGUAACAAAACAGAUGAGUUAUCGCCGGCUAACGAUCCGUUUUAUGAAUUACAAGAGAAUCACCAUCUGAUCGGUGUCGCCAACAUAUACCUCGAUGUACUCGUUCACGACGUCAUACUCGACUACAACGUACCUAUUAUUUCACAACAGGGCGAAGUGGCCGGUCGUUUGCACAUUGAGUUUGGCCGCAUUGCCGGUCAUCUCGGCGAACGAAUGGCGGACGCAUCGAUGGAAACAAUGAGCCAAUGCAGCGGUUACGACAACAGCGGUACCGAAGUUGACGGUUCCGGUCGUAAUCAAGUAGUGCUGAGAGUGACCAUCAAAAGCGCACGCGGUCUACCGAUAACGUUGUCAAACUUUGUCUUCUGUCAGUAUUCGUUGUGGGGAUUUCACGACUCGACAGUUGUUCCCUCCAAUUUUGACACCACAACAAUCAUCGCCGCUAAAGACCCAUUCAAUCAUACGACAAAUGUAAUAUUAUAUACAGGUAAUAUUAAUAUUGAAUGGUACAUUACAGGUGUGUUUGCCGUUGAAAGCAUACUAUCACUCAAUCGACUUCGUCAAGAGGUGGCCUUCAAAGAGUUGUUAGCCAUAAAAGGCAAAUUAAAUACGACUGCUAUGAAUCAAGAGUCAUUGAUCCGCAAGUCUGCUAGUGUACCCAAUAUGACCGCAUAUACAUAG